AUGGACAAAAUACAAGCAAAUGCAUUACUUAAAUACCGGGCACCCAAAUGGAUAAAAACGAUAUUGCUUUUUAACCGGUUCCGCCCCGAAAUCCAAAAACGGGUAAUAUUUAAAAACUUUUUUUACAUUAUAAAAAAAUUGCAAGCCAAAGCCUUUAAAGCAAAAAUAAUAUUGGAACCGUACAAAAGGACCCCAAAGGAUACAAAUAUUUUAGCUUUUAAAAAGCCGGUUACUUAUUUUAAAUGCGGGUAG